AUGAGUGAAUCUGUAUUUGAAGCCUAUCUAUUUAAGGAGCGUGGAAGACGGUGGCAAAUAAAAUUAAAGCUUGAAAAACUUGAAAGAAAGCUCAAUUACCUCUUGUCGGAAGAUAACAAUGCAUGUUUCGGGAACUAUUUAAUUCCUCUUGAAAAUUCGAAGGCAACAGAUAUUGACCACUGCGAACGUGGAGUAAAAGAAAUAUCAUUGAUAGAAGAAAUUGUGUUAAAAGUAAGAGGUUCGAAGAAAUUAUGAAAUGUUGUUUACAAGAAGGGCCAACAGUGUAAACCAUGGGCAAAAGAGCAGCGACAAUAUUAUGAGACAUUGCUGGAAAAUUUGAAUUUUCUGCUUGAUACCACAGAAGAUGCUAAAUCCAAACUCAGAUUGAAUCUUUCUACAAGCAAAAAGGCUUUUGCUGCUAUUGCAUCCAGAAAAAAAUCUAGCCUGGUUAAAAGAAGAAAGGAAAACAAGAGAAAGACAAGGAAGCGAAAAAAGGAAAGUGAAGAAUCUGCUGUGAAACGUCUACUGGAACAACUUGUUGAUAAUUACACUUUUAAAAACCUUUGUUUUCCAGAUGGAAAUUGCAAGGAGACAGGAAGUCAGCAUGCCAUCACAGAAGAUGAGUUGAAUCUAGAAGUUCUUCAAAACUUAAAAACAAAGUCAAGUAUUAGAGUAUUAGAACUUCUAUACAGUCAAAGUUGCUUUGCACUUGAUGCUCUCCCUGUAAUAGGGCAAACCAUGGACAGACUGGAGGCCCAAUAA